GCGCCGCUUCCGCUUCCGCUUCCGGCCGCGACUGCGGGAAGAUGGCGGCGGCCGUGGCGGCCUCGGCUCUGCCAGUCACCUUCGGGCGGCUGGUGUCCGCGUGCAGCCGCAGCUUCCUGAGGCCAUCGUGUCCCGGAGCGGCCUCCCUGUGGUCUGCUCGCGGGUCCGGAUCGCAGAGCCCUCCAUUGCCACAAAGAUAUGUCCCUAAAACAUCCCUGAGUUCACCGCCUUGGCCAGAAGUCGUUCUGCCAGACCCAGCCGAGGAGACCAGACACCACGCAGAGGUCGUGCAGAAGGUGAACGAGCUGAUCGCCACGGGCCAGCACGGCCGGCUCUUUGCUGUGGUGCACUUUGCCGGCCACCAGUGGAAGGUGACCGCCGAAGACCUGAUUUUAAUCGAAAAUGCAUUAGACGUCGCAUGUGGAGAGAGGAUUCGGUUGGAGAAGGUUCUGCUGGUCGGGGCUGACGACUUCACGUUGCUUGGCAAGCCACUUCUCGGAAAGGAUCUCGUUCGAGUAGAAGCCACAGUCAUUGAAAAGACAGAAUCGUGGCCAAGAGUCAACAUGAAAUUUAAGAAAAGGAAAAACUACAAGAAGAAAAAAAUUAUCGUGGCCCCGCAGACCGUUCUCCGGAUAAACAGUGUCGAGAUCGCUCCAUGUCUGAGCUGACCCUGGAGCCGUGCACAGAAAUGCACAAAUAAACUCCACUUUCCAUGAA